UUGCUCUCAAGAACAAAAAAAAAGAAGAAAAGAGCAGAUCAUUCAUGAUGUUAUACUUGAGGAGAAGAAGGGCUGCAGCUCGUCUUGCGCGAAAGAACGAGCUUAGUAAUGAUGAUUCCGGCGAUAACUUGGAGAUGCAAACGUUGAUUCCAGCUCAUUUCCGGUGCCCGAUUUCUCUUGACUUGAUGAAAGAUCCAGUUAUCUUAUCAACGGGGAUCACUUACGAUCGAGAGAGCAUUGAGAAGUGGAUAGAAGAUGGUAACCAGACUUGUCCUGUUACUAAUCAGGUAUUGUUGAGCUUCGAUCAAAUACCUAACCAUUUCAUCCGCAAGAUGAUUCAAGAUUGGUGCGUUGAGAAUACAUCUUACGGGAUUCAAAGGAUUCCAACUCCUCGCAUUCCUGUCACGCCCUACGAGGUUUCAGAGACUUGUAAGAGAAUUGUGGCGGCAACCCAACGUAAGGAUCAUAUGAAGUGUAAAGAAUUGGUGGUGAAGGUCGAGAACUGGGGAAAAGAAAGCCAACGAAACAAAAGGUGUAUUGUGGAUAAUGGAACUGGUAGUGUUUUAGCAGCUACUUUCGAGUCAUUUGCAGAAGCAAUAAGUACCUCUUCUACAGUGGAGAAGUACACAGAUUUGCUGGUGAAGAUAUUGUCAGUUUUGGUAUGGAUGUUUCCGCUCAGUGGAGAAGGCCAACUCAAGCUAGGAUCGGUGAAUUCUUUACGUUGCAUGGUAUGGCUUUUGAAGAGUAAUGGAGACCUUUCAGCUAGACAAAAUGCAGCUUUAGUACUUAAAGAGCUUCUUUAUUUAGAUCAAAAGCAUGUAAAUACCUUGGGAGAGAUGGGAAUUAUUCAAGCACUAAUGGAGUUAAUCAAGGAGCCAAUUUGCCAUACUUCCAUGAAAGCUUCACUAAUGGCGAUAUGCUACAUGAUAUCUCCUUCAACAAUCAGCGACAAUAUUUCAUCAGAAAUUGUGGAACUGGGCGCUGUCUCGUUGAUAAUAGAGAUUCUUGUUGAUGGAGAUAAAAGCAUAUGUGAGAAGGCAUUGGGUGUUUUGGACCAUAUCUGUGAGUCCAAAGAAGGGAGAGAGAAGGUGGCUGACAAUGCUCUAACAAUUCCAUUGUUGUUUCGGAAGAUUUUAGCAUCAGAAUUGACAUCAAAAUUCUCAGUGUCAAUCCUGUGGAAGCUUUGUAAAGAUGAGAAGAGCGAGGAGGAAGGAGGUGUUGUAGCUGAAGCACUUCAGCUUAAAGUAGGUGCAUUUCAGAAGCUACUGAUACUCUUACAAAUUGGUUGUGAUAAGAGCACAAAGGAGAAGGUUACCGAGUUGUUGAAAUUGUUUAAUAUUAGCAGAGCUAAGUUAGACUGUAUUGAUUCCUCAAUGGAUUUCAGAUAUCUCGAGAAGUCCUACUGAAUUUUUCUUUUCUUUUCCUUUUUUUAGGACUAGGAAGUUUAUUGAAUUGUACAAAUUACAUUUGUGAAAAGGUUAAAGAGAACUAUAUGAAUGUGAUAUAUAAUGCUUUUUAGUUGGUGGUAAACAAAUUAUACAUAAUGCUUUUUUG